AUGGCACCUGUCACCGUCAAUUACCAUGACCUUGAGCUUCCUGCCUACAUUAUGGGCGCGGUGGUAGCAGGCGGAGGUAUCAUGGGAUACGCCAAGUCACGAUCUGUUCCUUCCAUCGUAGCUGGCUGUACUGUUGGACUUCUGUACGUCCUAGGUGGUUACCGUAUCCAGAACGAGGAAUCUUAUGGAGUUGAGCUUGCCUUGCUCGCGUCGGUCAUUCUUGGAGGCUCGGCGUUCCCUCGAGCUCUUCGUUUGAGGAAGCCUGUCCCUAUUCUUCUCAGUGUCAUCUCGGCAUUCGGUCUCUUUACCUUUGGCACUGCUCUUCGAAGAAAGGUUUAA